AUAACAAUGAAACAAAACGCGCUUUAAUGGAUUCAUGAUCUAACGAUAAUAAUAAUCAAUACAUUUAUAAAUGCGAGGUGUUGCGACAGCUGUAUUAAGAAUGUCCUGUGAUAUGUGUUCAUUAAAUGGACAUUUGUUCUGCUGUAAUUCGACAUUCUAAACGCUUUGAAAUGAAAAACUAAAUUCAGUGUAAAUGUGUAUAAAUGAGACGCGUCAGACUGAAUCAGCGAUGGAGCGCCGGAAUCACCUUAUACACAGAGAUUACAGAAUCAUCAAGAAGAUCGGAGAAGGAACGUUCUCUGUGGUGAUGAAGGUCCAGAGCUUGAAGGACAGUAAACAUUACGCCUGUAAAACCAUGAAACAGACCAUCAAGAGUGUGGAUCAGGCUCAUAAUCUGAGAGAAGUUCAAGCCAUGAAGAGGUUGAGUCCACAUCCAAACAUCCUGCUGCUUCAUGAACUCCUUUACGACCGUGACACUGGAACUCUGUCAUUGAUCUGUGAACUCAUGGAGAUGAACAUCUACGAGUUCAUUAAAGGGCGGCAGAACCCGUUACCGGAGAGUAAAGUCAAACACUACAUGUAUCAGCUGUGCCGGUCUCUGGAUCACAUGCACAGUAAUGGAAUAUUCCACAGAGACGUGAAGCCUGAGAAUAUCUUGAUCAAAGAUGAUGUGUUGAAGCUGGCAGACUUCGGUUCCUGCAGGAGCAUCUACUCCAAACCUCCACACACCGAAUACAUCUCCACACGCUGGUACCGCGCGCCCGAGUGUUUGCUGACAGACGGCCAUUACUCUCAGAAGAUGGACAUGUGGAGUGCUGGAUGUGUCUUCUUUGAGAUCUUCAGUUUGACUCCUCUGUUUCCUGGACGGAACGAGUUGGACCAGGUCAACAAAAUCCACGAUGUUCUCGGCGCUCCAGACGGUGCACUGCUGCAGAAGUUCAAACGGUCUCGUACCGCACACUUUGAUUUCCCUCCUCGUAAAGGCUGCGGGAUUUCUCCGCUCAUUCCUCAUUGCUCUGCAGUCAGUCUGUCUCUGCUGCACCAGAUGUUGACCUAUGACCCAGACGAACGCAUCAGCGCGCGCACGGCACUGCAACACUCCUGCUUCAGAGAACUGCGGAUGGCCGAGAGAAAAGCAGUGAGUCUGCGUAAGGUGAUCGGGACGGUAGAGGGAGAAUCGAGCAGGACGCCCGCAUCUGUGGAUCAGCUGUUGCGAAUGGGACGACAUGGCAGAAGACAGCAUAUUAAACUCACGGGCGACCCUCUCAGCAGACGAAACGCCACACAUCAUUACCCUUUAGAGCUCCCGAAACUCAACGUUGUGGUCCCGACUCCAAAAACCCUCUACCCAGUGUCCACCUUCCCAACUCGGGACAUUUCACACUGCGGCUCUCUUCCUGCCAUCUCCAAAAAGUGCCACUCGCGUGUGACUAAACCCAAAGAAGAGACGCAUCGACUGAAGAGUUACUGCUUGCCGCCGCUACAGCACAAUCAAGAGCGUUACUGAACACAACCGAUGAUGAAGUAUUAUUGCCACUAAAGGCCUUCGACCUACAGUUUUCUAUUUGCUCACGUCAAUUAAAUAAUUUUGUUCCAACAUGUUGUUUUUAAUGUCAUGUUGCACUAAAAGUCCUUGAGCACUCACACACACACACACAGACUCACACCACACACACACACACUCACACAACACACACACUCACUCACACUCACUCACACACACACACUCACACACACACUCUCACACACACUCACACACUCACACAACACACACACACACUCACUCACACACACACACUCUCACACACAACACACACACUCACUCACACACACUCUCACACACAACACACACACUCACUCACACACACACACACACACACACACUCAUAUGGAUUUAGCGGGCCAAUGCAAACUAUAAUAACAUCAGAUAUUAGUUACUUCAGAGCAUUUUGUUUGACAUUCUUUGUACAUUCGAACAUUUAAACACGUGCCAAUCGUUUCACUCAUUUAAAGACCUCGUCGUUCCUGCUGUUAUUUCCUAUUGAACAUCUCUUGAAACAUUCACAGAUUAUUCUGGAUUGUUCAAUACCGAGUUAAUGCUGCAUUACUUUGAUCAUAAAAGGGAUUUAAUUUGCGUUUGUUGCAAAUCACCAUGUUUUUACAACAUAUUGUUGUAGUAUUUCUUUUAAAGGAUCUUACCGUAACGCUCUGUAGACUCAUUCACAGAACAACUAUUAGAUCAUUCAUUAUUGUGUUUUACAGUAAUGACUUUUAAAUGUAGCAAACACAGUUCCCAUUAGAUACUGAACCCAUUUAACUGCAAAACUAAACAUGAAAACAAGGUUUUUCUUUGUUGGAAGAAUGAAACACAAAUGAGUUGAUUUACCUGCUGUAUAGCACCUGAUGUUGAUGUUAUGUGUUAAACAUGUUUAUUAAUUAUACUGGACCACCAACAAAUGCUCUGUAAUAAAAGCAAUACUUCAUCUGCUGAAUUAAACAUCAUCUCAACACAAAA